CGCGGGGGUCCUGCGGCGGUUCACCCGGAAACCAACGCUAACGACCGAUGUUUGUUUUGCUAUAAUUAGCAGUAAUGCCUGCUGAACGCAAGCGCUCAGUAAACAUGGACGAGAAAGACGUUUCCACCUUCGCCGCCAACAAGGAGAAAGAGAAGGACAGGGAGGGCGAGAGGAGGCCGGCGUCGGCCCGGGACAAGGCCAAGGACGAGGCCAAGGUGAGCAGCGGCGGCGGCGGCAAAAAGGACGGCGGCAAGGAGGAGAAGAGGAAGCGCCUGGAGGAGGAGAAGAGGAAGAAGGAGGAGAAGGAGCGACGGAAGAAGGAGGAGGAGAAACAGAAAGCGGAGGAGGAGCAGAAGAAGAAGGAGGAGGAGGAGAAGAAGCAGCAGGAGGAGGAGGAGAGGAAGCUUCAGGAGGAGGAGGCCAAGCGGCAACGUGAGGAGGAGGCGGCGCUUCUGAAAGAGAAGGAGGAGGGCCACCAGCUGCACCAGGAGGCCUGGGAGCGCCACCAGUGCAGGAAGGAGCUGCGCAGCAGGAACCAGAACGCCCAGGACGGCCGCCCGGAGGAGGCCUUCUUCAGCCGGCUGGACUCCAACCUGAAGAAGAACACGGCGUUCGUGAAGAAGCUCCGCACGCUGACGGAGCAGCAGCGCGACUCGCUCUCCAACGACUUCGCCUCCCUCAACCUCAGCAAGUACAUCGGCGAGGCAGUGAGCUCCGUGGUGGAGGCCAAGCUGAAGAUCUCCGACGUGGGCUGCGCCGUCCACCUGUGCUCGCUCUUCCACCAGCGCUACGCCGAGUUCGCGCCGCUGCUGCUGCAGGCGUGGAAGCGGCACUUCGAGGCGCGGAAGGAGGACAAGGCGCCCAACGUGAGCAAGCUGCGCACCGACCUGCGCUUCAUCGCCGAGCUCACCAUCGUCGGCCUCUUCACGGACAAGGAGGGGCUGUCGCUCAUCUACGAGCAGCUGAAGAGCAUCAUCGGGACGGACCGCGAGACGCACACCCACGUGUCCGUGGUCAUCAGCUUCUGUAAGCACUGCGGCGACGACAUCGCCGGCCUGGUGCCGCGCAAGGUCAAGCUGGCGGCGGAGAAGUUCGCGCUCACCUUCCCCCCGAGUGAAAUCAUCAGCACGGAGAAGCAGCAGCCGUUCCAGAACCUGCUCAGGGAAUAUUUCACCUCCCUCACCAAACACCUGAAGAAGGACCACAGGGAGCUGCAGAACAUCGAGCGGCAGAACAGGCGCAUCCUUCAUUCCAAAGGCGAGCUGAGCGAGGACAGACACAAGCAGUAUGAGGAGUUUGCCACUUCCUACCAGAAGCUGUUGGCCAACACUCAGUCUCUGGCCGACCUGCUGGACGAAAACAUGCCGGAGCUGCCUCAGGACAAGACGGUGCAGGAGGAGCACGGCCCCGGCAUCGACAUAUUCACCCCCGGCAAACCCGGGGAGUACGACCUGGAGGGAGGGAUCUGGGAGGACGAGGACGCUCGGAACUUCUACGAGAACCUGGUGGACCUGAAGGCCUUCGUCCCCGCCAUCCUCUUCAAGGACAACGAGAAGAGCGGCCAAGGCAAAGACAAGGACGACGCCAAAGAGGGGAAGGACGCGACGAGCGCGACGGAGGAGCUGGAGCUGGAGCUGGAGGCUCUGGACAUCGCGGACGAACCGCUGGAGCUGGAAGGACCGGACGAGGCGGAGAACGAAGAGCUGGCGAAGAAGCUGCUGGACGAGCAGGAACAAGAGGACGAGGAGGCAAACACCGGGUCACACCUGAAGCUCAUCGUGGACGCGUUCAUCCAGCAGCUUCCCAACUGUGUGAACAGAGACCUCAUAGACAAGGCCGCCAUGGAUUUCUGCAUGAACAUGAACACCAAGUCCAACAGGAGGAAGCUGGUCCGAGCCCUGUUCACUGUCCCCAGGCAGAGGUUGGAUCUUCUGCCCUUCUACUCUCGCCUGGUGGCGACUCUGCACCCGUGCAUGUCGGACGUGGCCGAGGACCUGUGCUCGAUGCUGAAGGGAGACUUCAGGUUUCACAUCAGGAAGAAGGACCAGAUCAACAUCGAGACCAAGAAUAAAACGGUGCGGUUCAUCGGGGAACUGGCCAAGUUCAAGAUGUUUUCCAAAACGGACACGCUUCACUGUCUGAAGAUGCUGCUGUCUGACUUCACCCACCACCACAUAGAGAUGGCCUGUACGCUGCUGGAGACCUGCGGCCGCUUCCUCUUCAGGUCGCCCGACUCUCACCUGCGCACCAGCGUCCUGCUGGAACAAAUGAUGCGUAAGAAGCAGGCGCAGCACCUGGACGCCCGCUACGUGACCAUGGUGGAGAACGCCUACUACUACUGCAACCCGCCGCCCAUGGAGAAGACGGUGAAGAAGAAGCGGCCGCCGCUGCAGGAGUACAUCCGCAAGCUGCUGUACAAGGACCUGUCCAAGGUCACCACGGAGAAGGUGCUGAGGCAGAUGCGCAAGCUGCCGUGGCAGGACCCCGAGGCCAAGGGCUACCUCAUCUGCUGCAUGGUCAACAUCUGGAACGUCAAGUACAACAGCAUCCACUGCGUGGCCAACCUGCUGGCCGGCCUGGUGGCCUACCAGGAGGACGUGGGCAUCCACGUGGUGGACGGGGUGCUGGAGGACAUCCGGCUGGGGAUGGAGGUCAACCAGCCCAAGUUCAACCAGCGGCGCAUCAGCAGCGCCAAGUUCCUGGGCGAGCUCUACAACUACCGCAUGGUGGAGUCGGCCGUCAUCUUCCGCACCCUCUUCUCCUUCAUCUCGUUCGGGGUGAACCAGGACGGCAGCGCCAGCCCCCUGGACCCGCCCGAGCACCUGUUCCGCAUCCGCCUGGUCUGCACGCUGCUCGACACCUGCGGCCAGUACUUCGACCGCGGCUCCAGCAAGAGGAAGCUCGACUGUUUCCUCAUCUACUUCCAGAGGUACAUCUGGUGGAAGAAGAGCCUGGACGUGUGGACCAAAGAUCACCCGUUCCCCAUCGACAUCGACUACAUGAUCAGCGACACGCUGGAGCUGCUCCGGCCCAAGAUGAGGCUGAGCUGCUCCAUGGACGAGGCCACCAAGCAAGUCACCGACCUGGAGAGGGAGGUGCUCGUCAAGCUCGGUCUGGCCAUGGAGAAGGACGGACGCUCCAGCGCCAUGAGCGAGGGCGAAGGUCUGGACGAGGAGGACGAUGACGACGAGGAGGAGGGAGGAGCCGAGACCGAGGAGCAGUCGGGCAACGAGAGCGAGAUGAACGAGCAGGAGGAGGACGACGGGUCAGAGAACGAGGAGGAGGAGCGGGAGGAGGAGGAGGAGGAGAACACAGACUAUCUGACCGACUCCAACAAAGAAAACGAGACGGACGAGGAAAAUAACGAGGUGACGAUCCGGGGAGGAGGCCUGAAACACGUGGCUUGUGCCGAGGACGAGGACUUUAUUCAGGCCCUGGACAAGAUGAUGCUGGAGAACCUGCAGCAGCGGAGCAGUGAAGCGGUGAAGGUGCAUCAGCUGGACGUGGCCAUUCCUCUGCAGCUCAAGAGUCAGCUGAAGAAAGGAGGCUCAGGGCAACAAUGCAUCGGGGACGGAGAGUCCGACAUCUCCGACACGAUGCAGUUCGUCAUGUUGACUCGCAAAGGAAACAAGCAACAGUACAAGAUCUUGAACGUGCCUCUGUCCUCACACUUGGCUGCGAAUCACUUCAACCAGCAACAGGCGGAGCAGGAGGAGCGCAUGAGGAUGAAGAAACUGACCCUGGACAUCAACGAGCGGCAGGAGCAGGAGGAUUAUCAGGAGAUGAUGCAGUCGCUGGCUCAGCGUCCGGCUCCGGCAAACACCAACCGGGAGCGCCGGCCUCGCUACCAGCACCCGAAAGGCGCCCCGAACGCAGACCUGAUCUUCAAGACCGGAGGAAGGAGACGCUGAUUGGAGUCCUGGUCCUGGGCUGAACGAGCGAGCGAGCGAGCAAGAGAGAGAAUGAACGAGCAAAAGAGAGAGAGAGAGUAAGCGAGAAGAUCGGAAACCGGUCGAAAAAUCGGGAGUCGUGAGUCGUGACGCCCUCUGACGUCGGAACAGACCAAACACCCAUGACCUGAACACUCACUACUAAACCCGCCCCCCCCCCAACAACGCUGAGGGGCCCGGAGGCAAAACCAAACCAGGAGCUGGGAGGAGGAGGAGGAGCAGGAGGAGGCGGGGGGGUGGAGGUCAGAGGUCAGGGUCUCAGACGAUGAGGUGACUCUCUUUCUUUUUUGUCUGUUAACAAAACCGUCUGGACCAGAGAACGAACUGCAAACACCUGAGACGACGGAGGCGGGGUUGGAGGCGGAGUUGGAGGCGGGACCAUUGGCUCGCCUCCCGCCCACCCACCCACCACGGGGGGGGGGGGAGGAGGAGGAAACUCACAUUUAGGAGUUAAAAACCUAGCGAGUGCACGGGAUUAAUGGUUUUUGCUUUUAUUCAGUUUCAGUUUUUUUUCUUUUUUUUGUUGGGACUCUUAACGCGAGGAAACGUUCGGACGGCGAAGAACAAAAACCUGCAGCGUUGCCACGGCGACGCAGAGGACGAACUCGAAUCACGUAGACGACGACGCCGUGCAGCUCCUGUCCUAGAGGACGUGUUGAUUUAAACCUGUGCGAUUAUCGGAUAAUUUUCUUUUCUUUUUUUUUUUUGGCAGAUUAGUCGGUGGUUGUUUAAAGAUGUUCUACCUGUUUGACGUGAGAACUUUAAACUGUUUCCUGUUUUAAUUAAUGUCAAAGAAAAGAAAAAAAAGCAACAAAUCUAAACGUCUUUUCCUUGAAAAGUCACUGAAAUCAGUGAAACUGAUGAGUUUUCGUUGGCCGAUCGUUGCAGCUGCUGUCGUUUCUGAGUUUGUCGCUUGUCUUUCUGCUGGUUUAUUAAAACCCACCAGUUUCAUGACACUUUAUUUCAUGGUUUCAGUCUAAUUUAAUGUUUAAUUACGAUAAACAGAGUCGGUCGUUUGACUUUAGGUAGAAGCUAUUUGAUGGUAACUUUAAAUGAAGUAUGAAAUCAUUCCUCGGUUCUGCUGCAUCGAUUUCAGAUGUGACUUAGUUUUUUUAACAGAAUCCACCCAUAAAUAAUUGACCUGGAAGCCUGUGGUCAUGGAGGAGAUGAUCCAGUUGAUGCAGAGCUGUUGUUUUAUUCCCGCCACGUUACCAUUGGCGCUAAAAUAAAGCAGCAACAUUUAUAAAAACGUGAGCUACGCUAACAUCAACAAAAGGGCUCUUUGUUAGCAGCAAGAUGAUCUGAAGCAAGAAACAUCCGUGUUUUAUUCUCUCUGAAGAAAAAACUGCAACAUUUUAGUGAAAAAAAGAAACCAGUGCUAAUGCUAAUGCUAGCAGAAAAGCACAGAGAUUAAAAGGCGUUAUUUGACUUCUUAAAGAUUUUUCUUUACCAAUUUGCUCAUCUCGUCUCUGGAUUUGUUACUUUUUCACAGAGUUAGCCUAGCUUUACAGUUAUUAUGCUGAGCUAAAAUGUAACGUCUGCAGCCGUUAACUUAGCACAAGGUUUGAAUACUGAGAUAAACAGCUAGCUAACAUAAACAAUGAAGCUUAGAAUUGGUAAAAAGCUUUUGUUAAACUACUGAGAAGUUAGCCUUUGACAUUGAGAUGCGAUCAUCUGUGGAUUCUACACAGAGCUAGCCUAGCAUUUCACAGUCUUUAUGCUAAGCUAAAAUGUAACACUUGCAGCAGUUAGCUUAGUUUAGCACACCAAGAGGAACGGGUAGCUAAUAUAAAAAUGAAGCUCAGAAAGUUAACCAUUAAGCUUUAGAUGUUCUCAUCUGUGGAUUUGUUACUUUUACACAGAGCUAGCCUAGCUUUUCACAGUCUUUAUGCUAAGCUAAGAUUUAACGUCUGCAGCCGUUAGCUUAGCACAAAGAGUGGAAACGGAGAGAAACAGCUAGCUAACAUGAAAAGUGAAUUGUACAAAUAGUAAAAAGUUUGUUUUUGUUACUUCCACACAGAGCUAGCCUAGCAUUUUACAGUCUUUAUGCUAAGCUAAGCUAAGCUAACCGGCUGCAGACUGAGGCCAGUAGUAGAACGACAGCUACAAACACAUAAAAUAAACCUGAGACCAGAAAGCGUUCACAUUCACCAUUUACAUUUUCUAUCUAGCUUGAUGUGUUUGUUUUAUUAUUUUAAUUUUAUUUUAUUAAAAUUCAGCUUGAUUUGAUUUGAUUUGUGUAACGAGAUAAAACUUUAUAAUUUCAAUCUGUUUUGGACAAACCGUGUGCCUGAGAGUCUUUUAACUUAGAUGAGCCUCUAAAUGGAUAAAUAUACUCGUGUGUUCUGCUCGUUCUUUAUACUAAUAAUAAUAAUAGUUAUAAUAAAAAGCCACUUUAGUUUGUUUAGUGAAGAUACUAAUGAGUCUGUGUAGCUUUGUGUCUGACGCUGAAUAAAACUCGACCGCAGUCGGUGUCGCUGCAGCUCCGUGGAUGAGGUCAGUCGUGUGUUUGUGGCCUGUGUCGUGUUUUUCGUGUCGAGGGUGCGUCUGUUUGGAGAGCUCUAAUUACAAGGCAGCCAGCACAAGUAUUUGCUCAUUUCCUGCCCCGAGUUCUCCUGGAAACGCCGAAACGUUUCGGAGCGUUUUCUGAGAGCAGCCAUGUUAACCUGCUCAGCUUUACGUCCUUUCAUAAAACCUCGGUCAAGUUAGUGUGACGUGAAAACCUCAGCUUUGGAGUCUACAGAUAAAUGAUAAUAAAUAAAUGAACCCUUUGUGCUGCAGAGCAGCAGCUGUGUUAUCAGAUCAGACAAUUAACCAGUCCACCUUCAGCAUGUUUGACUUGUUGGCCUGUUAUCGUUACUCUCAAAUAUGUGAGUCAACGCGCUGCAGGAGGAAUCGGUUUAUUUUUAUUUAUAGUGCAUUUAACAAAACCCAAAAAAUUUUAAAAAAUCUGCCAAGUCACUUAUGUGACUUUAUUCACCACAAUUAGUUUUAUUAUAAAGAAAUAAAAAAGUAUUUUCAGACAUUUCUAUUUAUUUAUGAAAAAAAAAUUCAAUUAAUACAAAAAAGAUUUUAAUAAUCAGUUUAAUUUAAUCAGAAAAAUCUGCAAAAAACUAAACUGAAAACAUCACAAUCGAUACACAACUUGUCCACCAUGGUUUUAUUAUGACAUAAUGUAUAAAGAAUUAACUAUAUUUAAUGAAUUUUCUGCGAAAUCCACGAAAUGAAGCCAUUUUGGAAAAGGCUGCCAAAAGCUUCUGACUGCAGAGUUAAAUCCACCUGGAGUCCGAAGAAAAAAAAAAACUAGACUUUAGACAUGUUAGAUGAAUGUUUUGUGUGUUUGCAGAAUAUUUGCAGAAACUCGGUCCUUCUGACUCAUCAGGUGAAAUAAUGUUGAAGCCGAACGUCAGCAGCUUCUCCAGGAAUGAAAGACUCUCUGUUGGAGUCUUAUGUAACGCGCUGCACACGUCCUCCUGUCGCUGUAGCUCAUUUUUUCACUAAUCAUGUCCCAAAUGACAAAACUAAUUUACCUAGUAUUGAAUUAAUUUAAAAUAAAUCCAUCUAAAAUGUUCAGAAUAUUAUUUCUGUCGUCUACAGAAGAUAAAGUUUUAAAAUUUAUAGAUUUUCGAGACUUUACAGAACAGAUUGUAGAUUCAAGUUGGAGGAAAUGUCCAGGAAACAUGAGCGUUUUUGUACACGGUCGCAUAUUUAAAGGCUCUCAAAUGUAAAUGGUUAAUUAAUUAUAGAUAAAAUGUUCAUUUUUGUUGGAUGUUUGUUUGUUUUUACUGGAGAAGGAUCCUGAGUUCAUCCACCAUUUUCUUCUCAGGACGUCCAGACUUCAUGUUCCUAAUGUUCCUAAUUAACCGUCUGCAGCCAUUAGCUUAGCACAAGGAUUGAAAACCCAGCGAAACGGCUUCGCUAACAUAAAAAAAAAGAAGCAUACAAAUCGUUUUUUUUGUUGAGGUAGUGAGAAGUUAGCCUCUGGGGCUUAGAGUCACUCAUCUGUGGAUUUGUUACUUCUACACUGAGCUAGCUUAGCUUUUUACAGUCGCUAUGCUAAGCUAAGAUCUACCAUCUGCAGCUGUUAGCUUAGCUAAGCUUUCCUCAAAGACUGGAAACUGAGAGAAACAGCUAGCUAACAAAAAAUGAAGCGUACAAAUCGUAAAAAGUUUGUUAAACUAGUGAGAAGUUAGCGAGUGUUAGCUAGUUAGCCUUUCAUAGAGCUUUCCUCACUUCUCUAGUGGUUGUUGAGUGUUUUUCUUUACAUAAAAAAUUAAGCAUACAAUUUGUGAUGCUUUUCAGAGGCACCCGUCUCUGGGUUUGUUACUUUUGCACAGAGUUAGCCUAGCUUUUUAGUCUUUAUGCUAAGCUAAAAUGUAACAUCUGCAGCCGUUAGCGCUAGUUAGCUAGUUAGCCUUUCGUAGAGCGUUCCUCACUCGUCUGGUGGUUGUUAAGGUUUUCUUUGCAAUGGAAAUUAUCCUUAGAUCAUGCACUAUUGUUUUCUUCUCAUGACGUCCAGACUCGUUGUCCAUUAACUCUUUAUUCUGGUUUACUAAGAAAACUUUUUGACUUUCUGACUUCAGAUAAUAACUUUAGCAGAUAAUGACAUGGACAGAAUAACUGUAACUAGUCGACUUGAUGGGAUGUUUUUGAGGCAUAUUUUCUUCCUGACAUCAUCCACCACUGUUGUCUUUUGUUUUCCAGGGACGUCCAGGACUUUUUGUGUUGCAGAACUCAACAUAAAUCUAAUUUUCUACAAAAACAAACCCUUAAACCCUUUUUUUUACUUUUAACAAGCAUCUCACAUCUGGAAGUUUGAGCUCCUGGAAAUCUGGGACUUUGUUUAAAAAUGCUUCUGAUUCCUUUGCUCUCCCUCCAGUUUUGGUGUGAACGGCCUCGAGCUGAAGCCGAUUAAAGGCACAUUCAUUACGUAAUGUUUGAUAAACCACUAAAAGUUUCCACUCAGGUGAAACUCCAUUUGUCCACUCGUUUGGUUAAUCAUUAAACGGCACCGCCUCAUUCCUCACAUUCCACAGGGACGAAGAGAAGAAGAAGAAGAAGGAGAAGAAGGAGAAGGAGAAGAAGAAGGAGGCCGGCUGGUUCUGUUAUUAUUAUUGGGUUUAAUGAGUGAUCAACAUUAAGCAGAGUUACACACAGAAAGUUCUCCAGGGCUUUCGUUACUGAGCAGCAGCAGCUUUCACGUCCACGCUCAUCUCCCCAUGAACCAAGCACUAAUUCUUAUUAACAUUAUUCUUAUUAUUAUUGUUCUUAUUAAAUCUUUGUUCUGUGCGGAAAAAAACUUUCCACGAGAUCCUUCAAAAAUGAACUGUAGCUGGACUACAGCGAACCGGAGUCUGUAAACAAAAUUCACAAAAUAUACUUCAAGAUAAACUGUAGGUGAGCUACAGAGAACCGGAGUCCACAUAAAACACACACAAAAAACGCACAAACAUACAAACAGUUAAAUAAAACAAAGACAUGGAAUAAGAACGUGGAAGCAACAGCCAGCGUGUAUUUCUAGACGCUGCGGUUUUUGUGCUUGUGUUUUGUACAAUGUUGUGUUACCGCCCAUCCCUAAAGAGCAGUUUUUAAGUAUUCCCUCUGCGUAGUAAAUUAAAAAAAAAAAAAAAAAA